AUAAUAAAUUUUCCAUUCAAAGUACAUUUAGUUUGUAUAUUCAAAAAUUUGUGAGAUCCAGUGAGAUUCAUUUUUGUUUUUUGUAAAUCUAGAAUUUUAUUGUUAAUACUGUGGUGGGAAGCAAAAAUAAAAAAUAAAUUUAUGUGAAAACCGCAAAACGCAUCAAACAGUCUUAAAGAAGUAUUUCAACUGAACAGAAUUAAAUUUAAUUUUUAAAUUUAAUUGAAUUUUAAAGCAAAAAAAUGGGAAUACAAAGAUUUUUUCUUGCGGAACCUUAUGAUUGCAAAAAAAUUAAUGAGCUUCUUAAAGAUAUACAACAUGUAGAGGCAACAAUUAAAGAUUUAAAAGUCGAAGUAUGCUAUCAUAUUGAAGUUAGUAAAAAUGGAAAAUUGGAAAGAAAAACUGAAACUAUUCUUCGAUGGCUUUUAAAGUCGGUUCAGGAAGAGGAUAAAUUAAAAACUACUAGUAAUUUCUCUAAAGUAAAUAAUAAUGAAUUGUUAAUUGAAAUUGGUCCUCGGUUCAACUUUUCAACACCAUUCUCAACUAAUUGUGUAAAUAUUUGUGAAAAUAUCGGUCUUCACGAAAUUAGAAGAUUAGAAAAAUCGAUAAGAUAUCUAAUAAUCUUCCAAUCUGCUGUAAAAUUAGAAUCUGUCGAAAAACUAAUUGAUCAUUUAAGUGAUCGUAUGACUGAAUGUCUAUAUACAGAGCAAAAUAUGCCAAAAGAAAGUUUUGAUGAAUGUCUACCGAAGAUUCAUGAAUCAUGGUAUACAAUUCCUGUUUUGAAAAAUGGAAGAAAAGCUCUUGAAGAAAUAAAUGCCAAAUUAGGUUUAGCAUUUGGGGAAUGGGAUCUCGAGUUUUAUACAAAUUUAUUUAAAAAUGUUUUGAAAAGGGAUCCAACUUCUGUAGAAUUAUUUGAUUGUGCACAAUCUAAUAGUGAACAUUCAAGACAUUGGUUUUUCCGUGGCAAAAUGAUUAUUGAUAACGAGGUUCAGCCGAGUUCUUUGAUAAAAAUGAUUAUUGAUACACAAAAUACAACUAAUCCGAAUAAUACAAUAAAAUUUAGUGAUAAUAGCAGUGCUAUUAAAGGAUUUCGGCAUAAAACGUUAAAAACAACUAGUGUUAUAGAUCCAGGUCCUAUGGAAUUAUCGGAAGUUGAUUCAGAUUUGAUUUUUACAGCUGAAACUCAUAAUAUGCCAACAGCCGUUUCACCGUUUAGUGGUGCAACCACCGGAACUGGUGGUCGUAUUAGAGAUGUUGAAGGAAUUGGAAGAGGUGGGCUUUGCAUUGCAGGAACUGCAGGAUACUGUGUUGGACUUCUUAACAUUCCAGGAUAUAAUUUGCCAUAUGAGAAUAAAAACUUUAGUUAUCCACCAUCUUUUGCGAAACCUUUAAAAAUUAUUAUUGAAGCGAGUAAUGGUGCUUCAGAUUACGGUAACAAAUUUGGGGAACCUGUAAUAUCGGGUUUCGCGAUAUCUUACGGAGUUUUAAAUUGCAUGGGUGAUCGAGAUGAGUACGUUAAACCAAUUAUGUUCAGUGGGGGUUUAGGUACAAUGAAUUCAACAAUGAGGAAAAAAAUAGAUCCUAGUAAAGGAAUGCUUCUGGCAAAAAUUGGUGGUCCCGUAUAUCGAAUUGGCGUUGGAGGGGGCGCUGCGAGCUCUGUUGAAGUUCAAGGAGAUAAUAGUUCUGAACUAGAUUUUAAUGCUGUACAAAGAGGAGAUCCUGAAAUGGAAAAUAAAGUUAAUCGAGUUGUAAGGGCUUGCAUAGAAAUGGGAAAUCGUAAUCCAAUUCUAGCAAUACAUGAUCAAGGAGCAGGAGGGAACGGAAAUGUAUUAAAAGAAUUAGUUGAGCCCGGAUUUGCAGGAGCAACAAUAUUUUCUAAAGAAUUUCAAUUAGGUGAUCCUACCAUUACGGCGUUAGAACUUUGGGGUGCUGAAUAUCAAGAAAAUAACGCAAUUUUGUGUAACAAAGAAGAUAGGAAACUUUUGCAAGAAAUUUGUGAUCGAGAGCGCUGUCCCAUUAGCUUUGUCGGAAUAGUUAAUGGAAAUGGUCAUGUAACCUUAGUAGAACAGAAAGCCGAUUUUGAAAAUGAAAAAUUUUUAGAUCGAAAAUUUCGUUCAGAGCUUGGAAAUCUUCCGUUCGAUUUGGAACUAAAACACGUUUUAGGCGACAUGCCUAAGCGAGAAUAUAAACUUACGAAAGAAAUUAUAAAACUUACCCCCUUCUAUUUAGACGAAACUAUUAAAUACAAUGAGAUAUUUGAAAGAGUUUUAAGUGUUAUGGCAGUAGGAAGUAAAAGAUUUUUAACAAAUAAAGUUGACAGGUGUGUUACCGGUUUGAUAGCUCAGCAACAAUGUGUAGGUCCUUUUCACACACCUCUUGCGGACUAUGCAAUUACAGCCGUUUCACAUUUUACUGAUAAAGGUAUUGCAACAUCUAUUGGAACUCAGCCAAUAAAAGGAUUACUAUCAGCGAAGUCAGGAGCUCGAAUGUCUGUGGCAGAAGCAGUUUCCAAUUUAGUAUUCGCGGGCAUCACGGAACUUUCAGAUGUUAAAUGUUCUGGAAAUUGGAUGUGGGCUGCUAAACUUCCUGGGGAAGGUGCAAAAAUGUACGAAGCUUGUGUUGAAAUGUGCUCUAUAAUGAGGGAUUUAAAUAUAGCAGUCGAUGGCGGAAAAGAUUCUCUAUCCAUGGCAGCAAGAAUUGAUGACAGGACUAUCAAAUCCCCUGGAACAUUAGUAAUUUCAACAUAUGCACCAUGUCCGAAUAUUUACGUUAAAGUAACACCAGAUCUUAAAGCACCUUCAUUUUCAAAUGCUGAUGGUGAGCUUAUUUGGGUACAUAUUGAACGCAAAUUUAGAAUUGGGGGAUCUGCAUUUGCUCAAGCAUUUAACCAACAAGGCCAGUAUUACCCAGAUUUAGAAAAUACAGCAGUUUUAAAAAAUGCAUUUAAUGUUACUCAAAAUUUAUUAAAAGAAGGGAAAAUUUUAGCCGGUCAUGAUAUUAGUGAUGGUGGUCUUUUUGUGUGUCUUUGCGAAAUGGCUAUUGGGGGUCUUUGUGGUUUAAAAAUCGAUAUGACAAAUGUAAUUGAUAAAAUAAAUCUAAAAAAUAUCUAUUUGGAAGGUUUACCAUCAAGUUAUGCAGAAAUAGUAUUACUUCUUGCAGAAGAAUGUGGCUGGGUUAUGGAAAUCUCUAAAGACAACUUCAAAGAAGUUACGAAAGUACUUGAAGAUAAUAAAAUUCCCGCAAUUCAUAUAGGUCAAUCAACGGGAAGGGGAUUAGAUUCCCCAAUAAAUAUUUUGGGAAAACAUAAAACUAUUCUAAAAACAAAUCUUCGAACAAUAUUUAAGCAAUGGGAACGGACAAGCUUCGAACUUGAAAAAAUUCAAAUGGAUAAAGAUUGUGCUAUAGAAGAAUAUAAUACUUUAAAUUAUAGGGUUGGCCCGUCAUAUUUUUGCUCUUUUAAUCCUAAUAUUGAUGAAGCUUUGCUUUCAAAUUGUAAAAAUAUUAAAGUCGCUGUUUUGCGUGAGGAAGGUAUUAAUAGUGACAGAGAAAUGAUGGCUACAUUAAUUAAUUCGAAAUUUGAAGUACAUGAUGUUUGCAUGCAUGAUUUACUUACUCGCAAAACGUAUCUUGAUCGAUAUCAUGGUAUAAUUUUCCCUGGUGGGUUUAGCUAUGCAGAUACUUUAGGUUCAGCAAAAGGAUGGGCUGCCAAUAUAAUGUAUAGUGAUAUAAUUUGUCCACAAUUUGAACAUUUUAGAAAGAAUCCAAAAUCAUUUUCACUUGGUAUAUGUAAUGGGUGUCAACUUAUGGGAUUAAUCGGUUGGAUUGGAAAUGAAAAUGAAAAUGCUAAAGAACGCAAUAUAGUUGAUGUUCCAGAUGUAGCACUGUUGCAUAACAAUUCAAGAAGAUUCGAAUGUCGUUGGUCAACAGUGAAAAUCACAAAAAAUAAUUCAAUUAUGAUGAAAAAUAUGGAAGAAUCAGUUUUAGGUUGUUGGGUUGCACACGGUGAAGGAAAAUUCUCCUUUAAAAAUCAAAAAGUUUUAGAAGAUUUGAAAUCGAAUCAAUGUAUUGUUAUGAAUUAUGUUGAUGACAAUGGAGAUUCAACUGAAGUAUAUCCUAUGAAUCCAAAUGGAAGUCCUGAAGGUAUAGCCGGAAUUUGUUCAAAAGAUGGUAGACAUUUAGCUUUAAUGCCACAUCCAGAAAGAUGUACUUUGAUGUUUCAAUGGCCUUACAAGUCUCCCGGAUUUAAUCCGAAAAGAAGUCCUUGGCAAAAAAUGUUUGAUAAUGCAUAUGUUUGGUGUUGCGAAAAUAAUUAAUAUACAUAUAUUUUGUUCUAUAACUUUAGUAAUAAAAAAAUUGUUGUUAUGUUCACAUUUAAUUUAAAAAUUUUAAUUACAUAUUUACAUUAGAUUUUAUUGGCAAUUAAAAAAAUUUGGAACAUCAGUUCUCAAAUUUUUACAAUUUAGAGUAAUCUCAGUUUUCUAGCAAUUACUUCGAGUAUACAUAAUAUAAAUAUUUUUUUUGAUUGAAAAUAAAUGAAUAAUAUUUUUUAAAAUUAAAA